GCUCCUUGAUGUCAUACUUCAUCAGUUGCCACGUUGAAGUCAAGGGCAGUCACUCUCACUAGUCCUGGGGCACAAGUCUUCAAUACUAUUGCCAGGAUAUUGUCAGAGUUCAUAGCUUCUGCAGUAUCCAGUAUCUUCAUCCAUACCUUGAUAUCACGUGGAGUGAAUCAAAUUGACUGAAGACUGCCUACUGCCACCUUCAUAAUGUCACUCAUUUAGACCUUACAUUCUACUUGACCGCAUACAUUUAAAUUGGAACAAUACAGAGAACAUUAGUCUCUCUGCUGGUGGAAAUGUCUUCUAUAUUUUAUCAAGACUGGAUUCAAUUACUCACCUCCACACAUAUGUACGCAUAUCGCUCCCCCCCAUACCAUCUCUUUUCCAUGCUGAGUAAACUUUGGUUUGUCCAAACCUCUGUUGCUGUAUCUUGACUCACAUCAAGUCAAAAAUAGAUGGGAAGACAAAUGCUGAGGAUGCCACAAAGAAUCUACAAAAGAAAUAAGUGGCCAAAGCUCGGCUAAUGGAAUAUAAUAUGCUGAGGCUCCUGCUUGCCGUCACCCUCCUUCUAAUCCAGGUCAAUGCGGAGGGCAUUUGCUUUGACAGACUCGGCUGCUUCCCAGGUGGAUAUCCAUGGACAGGGACAAAGGAGAGGCCUGCUAACAAACUCCCCUGGAGCCCGGAAAAGAUCAACAUACGUUUCCUGCUGUACACUAGGCAGAACCCAAACAAUUAUCAGGAAAUUAGUGGAACAAACCCUGAGACAGUAGAUGCUUCAAACUUUGACCUUGAUCAGAAAUCAGUGUUCAUCAUGCAUGGAUACUUGGAAAAUGGAGAUGUCAGCUGGGCUGUAGAUCUAUGCAAGAUGAUUCUGCAUGUGGAUGAUGUAAACUGUAUCUGCGUUGACUGGCGAGGGGGUUCACAAUGUUCCUACAGCCAGGCUGCUCAAAACAUCCGAGUUGUGGGUGCGGAAACUGCAUACUUCCUGGACACUCUGGAGAGUCACUAUAAUUACACCAUGUCUGAUGUGUACCUGGUUGGACACAGUCUAGGGGCCCACGCAGCCGGGGAGGUGGGGAAACGGACACCAGGCAUUCCUCGGAUUACUGGGCUUGAUCCUGUCGAGCCGUAUUUCCAGAACACGCCACCGGAAGUCCGACUGGAUCCCACGGAUGCGUUCUUUGUUGAUGUGAUUCACACGGAUGGUUCAUCCCAAUUUCCCAGUAUUGGAUUCGGGAUGUUUCAGGCUUGUGGACACAUGGACUUCUACCCAAAUGGUGGUGAGGACAUGCCAGGCUGCAGCAAGAACAUCCUUUCAACAAUCCUGGACAUUGAUGGGUUAUGGCAGGGUACAAAGAACUUCAUUUCCUGCAACCACUUCCGUGCAGUUCGAUAUUUUUCGGAGAGUGUUGUGUCACCUGAUGGUUUUUUGGCCUUUCCCUGUGGCAGUGAGAAAGAGUUUCAGGCAGAGGAAUGCUUUGCAUGCCCAGCUGAAGGCUGUCCAACUAUGGGCUACACGAUCGGGCCAUAUCGCCCAGCACCUGGGCUUCUACACCAGACCUUCUACCUUCGAACAGGAGAAUCCAGCCCCUAUGGAGUUUGGCGUUACAAUGUGUCUGUGACACUGUCUGGUUCCCACUCUGUUUCUGGGAUUUUGAAUGUUGCUUUGUAUGGAUCCAAAGGGAACACUCGACAGCAUCAAAUCACCAAAACGAAACUCCAUCCAGGCAAAACAUAUUGGGCGCUCAUUGAUGCAGAACAUGAUGUGGGUGAUGUUACCAAAGUGAAGUUUCUGUGGAACAACAAUGUGAUCAACAUCUUCCAACCCAAGCUCGGAGCUGAGAGCAUCACCUUAGUGCGAGCGAAGGACCACACCAGUUUCCGUUUUUGUGGGAAUGAGAUGGUUAAAGAGGAGACUCUGCAAACUCUCACUCCCUGCACCUCGUAGAAAAACAAUCUGUGCUGAUUGAACUACACACCAAAUCUGUCUGUGAGAGAAACAGAGACAACUCUUCCAUUCCCAAUUCUGUCCUGAAUGUUUCUGUGAAUUGUCCUGGGAAAUUUGGAAUCGAAGAGAAGGGGAAAUAACACAAAUCAAGGUCACAGAGAAUUGAAUGGUAAAGGAAUAUUUCAAAAUCCUCGACAAACUGUACAUCGGAAAAUCCGAUGAGGUCAGAUCAUUCCUGUCAAAGCAUCGUUCCAGUUUGAUUUCAUAUUCCUGCACACACAGCUGGAGUGGAUUCCUCCAACAGAAACAGAUUUCAAUCAUCAUUGAUUAGAUUCACUUGGAUCCAGCCUUCUGUAUCAAUUAAAUUUUAAAAAA